CAGAACCCCCCUCCCCCCCCCCCUGAUUUUUCUCCUCAUCCAAACAGGAAUUGGCCAGGUUUCGAUUAUUAUAGUACUGCCUUACUUUUUUUUGACCAUUUAUGCUCGAUUGGUUAUUUUGAAAACUCAACGAGGUUUUGAGCGGAUGAAUCCCUAGGGGGUUUAGAUGGUGAAGCUUCAUUCUCAGCCAUAAAGCUUUUAGGGUUUAAUUAACAAUGACCGAUCGCAUCAACAACAUCAACAACAACAACGCUGUCGUUAAGCCGAUAUGGAUGAAGCAAGCCGAGGAGGCCAAGCUCAAGAGCGAGGCCGAGAAAGCUGCCGCUGCAAAAGCCGCAUUCGAGGCUACAUUCAAAGCCGUGACUAGCAAACCAGAUAAGGCUUCAGAUUCUGAUUCAGAAGGAGAAGCAGAGGAGGACUUGGCCGAUAAGCCUGUGGGCCCUGUGGAUCCUGCCAAGUGCACUGCGGUUGGGGCGGGCAUUGCUGGUGGGACUGCUUGUGCUCCCUCUACAUUCAUGGUGGUGACAAAGGACGCAGAUGGAAGGAAGGUCCUGCAUGGGGGAGCACAGAUCAAGGUGAAAGUGUCACCUGGAGUAGGUGUUGGGGGUACGGAGCAGGAAGGGAUUGUGAAGGAUAUGGGGGAUGGAACUUACACAGUGACUUAUGUGGUGCCCAAAAGGGGGAAUUAUAUGGUGAAUAUUGACUGUAAUGGCAAACCCAUCAUGGGCAGUCCGUUCCCCGUGUUCUUCAGUGCAGGUACUUCAACUGGAGGACUGCUGGGUAUGGCUCCUGCGUCUAAUUUUCCAAAUUUAGUUAACCAGACCAUGCCCAAUAUGCCCAAUUAUUCAGGAUCUGUUUCUGGGGCAUUUCCUGGAUUACUUGGAAUGAUUCCAGGUGUUGUUCCUGGUGCUUCUGGCGGUGCAAUUUUGCCUGGAAUUGGAGCAUCUCUUGGGGAGGUUUGUCGAGAGUAUCUUAAUGGCCGGUGUGCAAAAACUGACUGCAAGCUUAACCAUCCACCACACAAUUUGCUAAUGACGGCAUUAGCUGCAACAACCACAAUGGGGACUGUUAGUCAGGUGCCUAUGCCGCCUUCAGCAGCUGCAAUGGCUGCUGCUCAGGCCAUUGUUGCUGCACAAGCUCUUCAGGCUCAUGCUGCUCAGUUUCAAGCCCAAAAUCAGUCUGCCAAAGACUCAACUGUUUCACCUGACAAAGCUGGGAAGGAAGACACACUGAAGAAGACGCUUCAGGUCAGCAAUCUUAGCCCGCUUCUAACAGUGGACCAGCUCAAACAACUAUUUGGCUAUUUUGGCACAGUUGUUGAUUGUACAAUUACCGAUUCAAAGCAUUUUGCCUUCAUCGAAUACUCAAAACCUGAAGAAGCAACUGCUGCAUUAGCAUUGAACAAUAUGGAUGUUGGGGGUCGGCCAUUAAAUGUUGAAAUGGCUAAAUCACUUCCUCAAAAAUCAAUUUUGAAUGCUUCUAUGGCUUCGUCCUCGUUGCCAAUGAUGAUGCAGCAAGCUGUUGCAAUGCAACAGAUGCAAUUUCAACAAGCUUUGCUUAUGCAACAAACUAUGACAGCACAGCAGGCAGCUAACCGAGCUGCAACCAUGAAGUCUGCAACAGAGUUAGCAGCAGCUAGAGCUGCAGAAAUUAGUAAGAAGUUGAAAGCUGAUGGACUUGUUGAUGAAGAGAAGGAACCAAAAAGAAAAUCUAGGUCACCAUCCCAAUCUCAACCAAGGUCCAGAUCAAAGUCAAAAUCACCUGUUAAUUACCGGCUAAGGCGGAGGUCUCCUUCUUACUCGCCUCCUCGCCGCCAUAGAGAUCGUAGAUCAAGGACACCUUUGAGAUCUCGUCAUCACUUUAGAUAUGAUGAUGAAAGGCGGUCAUAUAGAGAUUUUAGGGAUGAUAGUGACAGAACUAGGAGGCGGGAUAGACCAUAUGAUCGUCAUUCCUCUGUUUCAAGGAAAAACAGAAGUAGGAGUGUGAGUCCUCGGAGAAAAAAGUCCUACAGAGCUGAUUCAGGCUCACCAAAACACCGCCAAGAAAGUUCACCACAUAGAGAGAGAAAAUCAUCCCGUGGUGGUUCAAGGUCGCCAAGGCAUCAUAGGGGAAGUAGGUCAUCUCCAAGGGAUGACAGCAAUAACAAACAAAAAUACAGAAAACGUUCUAGGUCCAAAUCUGUGGAAGAUACCAAUGACCAGGGAAAAGAAACCCAGAAUGAAAAGACAAAGCAACAGGAGAGGAGGAGAUCCAGGUCAUUAUCUGUGGAAGAGAGGAAAGAUGGAAGCAACUCAUCCCCAAGAAGUUCAGAUGGAAACGAAACAAAACACAGGAGGCGGUUGAGGUCAAGAUCUGUGGAAGCGCAUCAUCGCUCCAAUGAAAAAGUGAAUGCAACCAGGGAUGAAAGAUCAAAAAAUCGUGAUAGGAGGAGGUCCAGGUCAAAAUCUGUUGAAGAUAGGUACCAUUCCAGAGACAAAGGAAAUGAUACAAUAGAUAAAAAGUCUAAGCAUCGUGUUAGAAAGCGGUCAAGAUCAAUGUCUGCUGAUGGUAAGCAUCACAGGGGAAGCAGAUCAUCCCCAAGAGGUGGGGAUGAAAAUAAAUCAAAACAUAGAAGACGCUCUAGGUCAAAAUCUCCAGAAAGCAAGCAGUACUCUAGUCAUAAGAUGGGUGAAAAUAGAGAUGAAAAGUCAAAGCAUCACAAAAGAAGACGGUCAAUGUCUGCUGAAGGACUAGAAGGACACGAUGAAUAUCGCAGUUCAUUAAAGGAGGAGAAAACUGACUUAACUUGUGCAAGCAAGGAUUAUGAAGAGAGCCACCAUUGAUGUUUGAGGAUGAUAGUUCUCACAAGCUCACCUAUUGAAUUGCAGGAGAGUAGCUUUGCAUUGGCUGAUAGAGAUCCUAGUAUUUCUGCAGAGUAGAAGAAAUGAGCUGAAGGGAGAAAUGAUGAAUUGGACAACAUAUUGGAACUUCAUUUUGGAUGUCUGAUAAAGCUCAAUUAAUUUUUGAAGUCUGUUGAGAUGCAUGAACUUAAAAUUCUAAGGAAUCAGCCUUUGCUAUGCUAGGGGUGGUUCUUUUAGAAUAUUUAUUGGUGUUUCUUUGGUGCUCAGCUUUUUCUGCCUGCAGUUGGUUCCUCAUAAAUAUGCGCAAUGCGCACUUUGUGUUUGUUUAUCUUUGCAGGUCCACUUGUAAGAGUUUGGAACUAGGGUUUGAUGCAUGUUCUGACCUUGAUAUGGAUUAAAUAUUUCAGAGGUGUCCUGCUGUUGUCUUCAUCAACCAUUCAAUCUUUGUAGCAAGCUUCUAUUUCUGCUAGAUGUAUGUCGGACUAUUACCUCUAUUGCUGCACUGUAGACUUUAUUGAUAAAAAUGUUUGUUUGAAGGAUA